UGAACCGUGGAUUCGUAAUGCCACGAAAUCAUUCAAAAAAGUCAAAAUAACAAAAUAUUACAAAUAUGACCUCAGGAUAAGGGAACAAAUACAGGGAUAUAUAGUUUUUUAAAAAGAUUAUUAUCAGAAUAAGCUCUUAGAUAUUUAUUAUUGAGAAUAGAAACUUGUUAUCAUGGUUGUUUUUGCUAUGAUAAGCCGUGUUAGUGAUGGCAUGCCCUUGUCUGCAUCCACUGACUUGGAUAUGCACUUUGAGAUCAAAGAAAGCAAAAGACAGGCAAAAAUGGUGGCAAAAAAAGCCAAUCAAUACCCUAUUAAGUGCUGGACGAAGAGUGGAGGACAUAAUAUUUAUUUUGUUAAAGCUUUAGGAGUGUGUUUUUUAGCUGUUUGUGAAACACCCUAUCCAACAGUCCUGGCCUACUCUUUUCUGGAUGAAAUCCAGAGGGAGUUUACGGUAUCAUAUCAAAGUCAAGAUGUACAGAGAGCCAAAAGACCUUACUCUUUUAUUGAGUUUGAUUCUUUUAUUCAGAAGACAAAACAAAGAUAUAACAAUUCCAGGUCCCUGACCACAAGAAUAAACCUGAGUGAAAUGCAUGAAGAGCUUCAGAAUUUUCCUCCACACCAUAUUGAUCAGUYGGAACUUACUCCUGUAGACCUUUCUGUUGACGUUAAAACAUACAAAACAGGAGGUCCAGUGAGCAAGUUAAAGCCAAUAACAUGGAUUGGAAUGACUACUUGUGCUCUGUCAGCGUUGUGUGGUCUUCUUAACUUUAUUCGUUGCCUUCCAUUUUUAAGUCUAGUUGGAGUGAAUGAUGAGGUAGCUGAAAGUCCUACAUAUUCAGCCACUGCUUUCUUUUUUGCUUGUUUGUUAAAUUGCACACAGUGUUAUCUCCUCAUCUUUCAUGUUCAAUGGAGGCUUGCUAUUUCAAGUACAGUUUCAGUUCUUCUUCUUAUAUUAAUCUACUACCUGAAAAACCUGCGCAACUUGUGGCAGAUUAUUUUUCAUUCAAGUGUGACUCUGAUUGCUCUUUAUCAAACUACUACAAGACAGCUACAAGAAAAACCUCCUGGUUACAACGUAUAACAUCAAGAGAAUAAUUAUUAUUAAUAUGGUAACUUUGAAAAAUAGGGAUCUAGCUAAUGUGAUAUCCACUCUGCUUUCCACUGGCAGCUUUAAUAGGAAUUAUCUAGGUCCCAGAAUAAAUAUCUUUGUUAUUACACUUAUAAACCUACUUUGGUCUAUCACAAGGCCUGCACUCUGAUUGAACUACUAGUAGUGUAUUAGUGACAGACCACUAGUAUAGCAGAGGUGUAGUUUGAAACCCAAAACAAUGCAAAAUAAUGAAUUACUUCUACCUAACUUAAAAAUUGCUUAUUAUAUAUAUUCAUAUAUUUGAACAAAUUAGUAGGUUUAUGCCAAAGCAAUUAGAACUCUUGCCCUAAUAGGCUAUUGACUUGUAGACCAUUUGGGCUUCGGGUCUAAAUAUUGUUAAGUCACCAAACAUUGACAAUGUGUACAGCCCUUUUAUACCCAAACUAACAAAAAUUAGAAUUUCCAAAUUCCAAUUUGAGUAUAAAAUGAGAUAUUUUGAUCAAAACCAUGCAGGUAACUAUGUUUUUGAUAAGGAAUAUGUGUGUACAAUUUUGUCUAAACACAAGUAAUCACAUUAGUAUAAUCAAGUUAAGAAUGUCCAAAUUAUUAUCAUUUGGGUGAGUACAGAAUCUUUGAAUUUACUUAACCUCAUGUGAACACCUAUAUUUCUAUAUACCGAUCAGGCUGUGAAUGUGCAGACUUUUUUAUGAAUUCAAGUAAGGAGAAAUAUCUAUUGGUAAUACUCCAUUUUACAGUUCCAUUCAGUGAACAUGGAUAAUAGUUUCAAACUGAGGUUGUAGUAAAAAGUAAAAAGUAUAGUUUUGCUAUGUAAAUUAGGUAACUCUAAUUUCCACUUGAAACCAUUAUUCAUGGUCAUUGAACGGAACAAUGGAGUAUUGUAAAGAUUUAUGCACCAGUAUAAUUUAUCAUUGAUGCUGGUCAUGGAUGAAGAUCCAAAUAUUAGAUCCAAUUAUUAGAUUUAGAUAGUCCCACUUUAAUAUAAAACAACAUAUUGGUGUGAAAAGUGCUAAAAAUUUAUAAAAAAAUAGUUAUUAAA